AUGCAGUCCUUCGCCCAACCAGGCCAACCAUCUUUCAACCCCAUCCCUGGCGGCGCCCGCUCUCGCUCGCAAUCCACGGGCCAUUCUGGGGGCCACCACCCAUUCCCGCCGGAGAUGCGCCAACAGAGCCAGCACAACCGUUCCAAUACCUUCAACUCCAACACCACAAAGAAUACCGCGCGGAGCACCGGCCGGCGCCCUCCCCUCUACCCUUCCGAAUCCUCCAGUACCCUCGUCGGCUCUGCGUAUGAGCGCAAGGCUCGCGACGACCCCGUUGUCGACAGGCAGGAUACCAGUACCAGGAUAGAAGCCAUCCGUGACCAUAUGCGUCAGCACGAGCUCGCAUACUACGUGAUUCCCACCGAGGACGCGCACGGCUCUGAAUACAUCGCCAUCUCCGACAAACGUCGGGAGUGGGUCUCAGGAUUCACCGGGUCCGCCGGCCAGGCCAUUAUCGCUAUGGACUACGCCUAUAUCUUCACCGACUCGCGCUACUGGCUGCAGGCCGAUGAGGAGUGCGACCACAACUGGCGUAAGAUUCGCACCGGCGCACCGGGCGAAGUCAGAAACUGGAUCGAGUGGAUCGUUGGGCGCGCGAAGGACGUCAAAGUUGGCAUCGACGCGCGCCUCAUCUCGUACAAGGAGGCGACCAGUUUGAACAACGCGCUCAAGGCAAAGAACUCGAAGCUGUACUACCCCCCGCAGAACCUUGUCGAUCUCAUCUGGCGCGACAAGCCUGCGCGCAGCCGCGAGCUCAUCUACGUCCAGCCUACGGAGUUCACGGGCAACGGCGCGAAUGAUAAACUCAGGAGGCUGCGAGAGUGGAUCAAGGAGCAGCGCCCGGCUGUACCGUCCUACUCCAAGUCCGAGCCCAAGCCCUCGCAGAUGCAGGUCGCAACUUUGAUGUCGAACCUCUCGUGCAUCGCUUGGUUGCUCAACCUUCGCGGCGACGACAUCCCAUUCAACCCGGUGUUCCACUCGUACCUGUUCGUGGGACUGGAGACUGCAACUCUGUUCAUCGACCAGGCCAAGGUCACUCCCGAAGUCGAGUCGUACUUGUCAACUAUCCGCGUCAACGUCCGCGAUUACAACGACAUCUGGACCUUCCUCCGCCGGAAGGAAUGGGGCGAAGGCAAUGUCAUCAUCUCGCCCCAGACGUCGUACGCGAUCUGCCUGAUGCUUACAAGCUUCCGCUACACGGUCCUGCCGUCGUAUGUCGAGGAGAUGAAAGCGAUCAAGAACGAGACCGAGAUCAACGGCCUCCGGAACGCCUACCUGCGCGACGGCGCAGCGUUCGUCAAGUGGUUCGCGUGGCUCGACGAGAAGAUGGCGCAGGGCUACGACAUCACCGAGUGGGAGGCAGCAUGGCGUCUGACGGAAUACCGCCGCAGGAACAAGCACUACAUGGGCCUCGCGUACGAGAGCAUCUCCGCGAGCGGGCCCAACGCCGCACUGCCUCAUUACACGCCGCAUAAGUCGACGGCGCGGAUGAUCGACCGCGAGACGCCUUAUCUCAACGACUCGGGGGGACAGUACCGAGAUGGUACGUGCGACACGACUCGGACGGUGCACUUUGGCCGGCCGACGCCCGACCAGUGCGAGGCGUUCACGCGCGUGCUGCAAGGACACAUCGCUAUCGAUACCGCUAUCUUCCCGGAAGGCACGACUGGGGCUAAGCUGGACGUGCUGGCCCGUCGGGCGCUGUGGCAGGACGGUCUAAACUAUAUGCACGGCACUGGUCAUGGCGUCGGAUCGUUCUUGAAUGUCCACGAGGGCCCGCAGGGGUUCUCGUCGGACACGCCGCUCGAGCCCGGACAUGUGCUCACGAACGAGCCCGGCUUCUAUAACAACGGCAAAUGGGGUAUGCGCAUCGAGUCCGCGCUCGUCGUUCGUCGUAUCAGGACGAAGGGGCAAUUCAAUGGUGAUGUGUGGCUCGGGUUUGAGCGUCUCACCUGCGUGCCCAUACAGACGAAGAUGGUCAAGGAGGUCAUGCUCUCGAAGGAAGAGCGGCAAUGGCUGAAGGACCACAACCGCCGGUGUGUCGAGCUGCUCGAGCCGUUCCUACGCACGGACAAGCGUGCGAUGAAGUGGCUCCGGCGCGAAGCUGAGCGUGGCAUCGGCAUUGCUAGCGCAGGCCCCGGCGGCUUGACCAUUGACUGGGAUUAA